AGUUGUAGCACAAACCCAAACACUUGCCGUAGUGCCUCGGAGAACUAAAAUGGAUUACCUGUAUACAACAGGAGCAGUCAUAGCUUCAUUGUUGAGUGUUGUUUUCUUAUACACUUUUAGAGGGAAGAGGAAGAAUGUCAAAGCUUCAAUGAAGACUCAAAAUGGGAAGCUUUUGAAGAGCUCUGGAAAUGGAAUGUGUUUGCCGGCAAAGAUGGGUGCAAGUCCUGACAUUGUCAUUGUUGGAGCUGGAGUUGUUGGUUCGGCACUUGCUUAUACUCUUGGGAAGGAUGGCCGCCAAGUGCAUGUGAUUGAAAGAGACUUGACUGAACCAGAUAGAAUUGUUGGUGAACUGCUACAACCUGGGGGAUAUCUGAGAUUGAUUGAGUUGGGCCUUGAAGAUUGUGUGAAUGAGAUUGAUGCUCAGAGAGUUUUUGGCUAUGCGCUUUACAAGGAUGGGAAAAGUUCCAAGCUGCCAUAUCCCUUGGAAAACUUCCAUCCAGAUGUGGCUGGCAGAAGCUUUCACCAUGGCCGUUUCAUUCAAAGGAUGCGUGAAAAAGCUGCAUCUCUUCCCAAUGUAAGAUUGGAACAAGGCACAGUGACAUCUCUGCUUGAAGAACAGGGUACUGUCAAAGGGGUCCAAUACAAAUCCAAAGGCAGUGAUCAGGAGCUCACCACACACGCUCCCCUCACAAUAGUCUGUGAUGGUUGCUAUUCAAACUUGCGACGCUCUCUCUGUGAUGCGAAGGUUGAUAUUCCUUCAUGUUUUGUUGGUUUAGUUCUUGAGAAUUGCCAGCUACCAUACGCAAAUCAUGGGCAUGUGAUAUUAGCAGAUCCUUCACCGAUACUGUUUUAUCCUAUCAGCAGCACCGAGAUUCGCUGCCUGGUUGAUGUACCAGGCCAGAAAGUGCCUUCAAUUUCCAGUGGUGAUAUGGCUCACUACUUGAAAACAAAAGUGGCACCCCAAGUUCCAAUUGAGCUGCAUGCCGCUUUCUUGGCUGCCAUUGAUAAUGGAAACAUAAAAUCAAUGCCGAACAGAAGCAUGCCUGCUGCUCCUCAUCCCACCCCUGGUGCCUUUCUAAUGGGGGAUGCAGUCAAUAUGCGCCAUCCUUUAACUGGAGGAGGCAUGACUGUGGCUCUAUCGGACAUUGUGGUUGUUAGGGAUCUUCUAAGACCUCUGGACAAUCUCAAUGAUGCAUCAGCUCUUUGCAAAUACCUCGAGUCAUUCUAUACUCUUCGUAAGCCUGUGUCUUCUACCAUAAACACAUUGGCAGGUGCUCUAUACAAGGUGUUCUGUGCAUCUCCUGAUCCAGCAAGGAAAGAAAUGAGGGAAGCAUGCUUUGACUACUUGAGUCUUGGUGGCAUGUUUUCCAAUGGACCUCUGGCUCUUCUCUCUGGUCUAAAUCCUCAUCCAUUGAGCUUGAUUCUCCACUUCUUUGCCGUGGCUAUCUACGCUGUUGGGCGGCUGUUACUUCCAUUCCCUUCACCCAAACGCAUGUGGAUUGGAGCUAGAUUGAUUUUGGGUGCAUCAGGGAUCAUUUUCCCGAUAAUCAGCACUGAAGGAGUAAGACCAAUGUUCUUCCCUGUAAUGGUUCCAUCCUAUCACAGAGCUCCUCCUGUUAAUUUAUAUGACUUUGAUAACAAGGCAAUCAGAUAAACAAGAAGAAAUAAUUUAGGGCAUGGAGCGGCUUUCAAAAAAAUUUUUUGAAAAGGGCUAGUGUGGCUGCCCUUAAACCUUGAUUAAUGAAAUUGCAGAAUACAAGGGAGAACGUAAAGCCUGAACCUCAUAUUACAAUAAGCAUAAAGAGAACAUAGAUUCUAAGGUAAGCUAGUUUGUAUGAAUAUAGAUUCUUCGAUGUAAAAAUUUCUGGUCUUAAUCCAUGCUUGAGUUUGAAAAGAAAAUCAUUGUACUGAAGAACCUGAAAUCGAAUGUAUUACUCACAUUGUGACAUUAAAGAGCUUGCACAGA